AUGACGUCACCCGGCUCAUUCUCACUCCUUGACCCUACCGUAACCCCGUUUUCGUACCGAGACCGGAUAACCUGGGAGUUUGAACUCAACGCCAGCUCGUAUUUCUUGAAUUUCCUGCUUUGUGUUUUCUUGAGAAGCAAGAAGCAGAUUUGGGGAUCGCUCAAGGUGAGAUUUUGCAGAAAAAAUUCAAAUUUUGGAAUUUUACACCUGAGAAAACUUGAAAAUUGUCUUAAAUUUCCUAGUUGCCGCCAGUUUUGAACCCCUUAGGAACGCCAGAGUGGUCCCUAGAGUGGCAACUUUAUCAACCCUUGAAGGUUCCCCUGUGAGCUUGCAAAAGUGACCACUCUGGGGAUUUAGUUAGUGGCCGCUCUAGGGGAGCAAGCUAGCGGCGUUUUUAUUUCUAAAUAUUGAAAAAAAUUGAAAUACCACUAAAGGGACCGCUUAAGCUUUUGUGGCUUAUGAGUCAAACCCUAAACCCCUAUAGGGGCCUCUUAAAGUUAAGGAACUUUAUUUUUUUCCCCUACAUGUACCAAUUUUUCCACUUUUUUUUUUUCGAAUUUUGUGUACUUUCUACGAUGUACCUUGACUAUAUCAGGUGAUAUCUCGGAAAAUUAUUUUUAUGCGACUUUUUUUUUCUCACGGGUAAUUUUUUGGACUAUGCUACUUCCGUCUUAUAUUUGCUUUGUAGUGACAACAAUUUGCUCAUUUUCUCACGUUCCUUAAAUAUUCUAGCUUUUUUGAAGUUCUUUUCUAACAAGAUAAUGAAAUAUAAGGACAGGGGCCAAAGUAUUAUGCCAAAACAAAUGAACGGAAAUUUUUAUGAGAUGAUAUGUUGGUCUGAUUUCUAAUGAACAAACUAUCAUUAAAAUUUUAAAAAAAAUCGUUUUUUAUAAAUUUUAAUCCAAAGUGUUUGUGUAAUGUUGAAAAAAGAUUCGAGAAGGUAAAUUUUUCGUCAAGCUUAAAUUUUGAACGCUUCAAUAUUUUAACUUUUUUUUGAAGGUUUACAAACCAAAGUGUAGCUUUUUCAAAACAAAAAGUUCAGAUUUAGGAGAAUUUUUCUCAAUUUCGUGUUUUAGUCGAAAAAGUCUAUCAUUUUUUUCAAUUUUUUUGAAGGUUUUUUUAAGUUUAAAGUAUAGUCAUGUUAUUAAAAAAAUAACUUCACAGGAAAAAUUUUUUUGAGCCUUGAGGAAAAAAAUUAAUUUUUUUCUAAUGGGCUCGGUUUCAUACCGCUUUUUCAAUUUAAAGGCAUAGGGGCAGUAAAAAAAUGGGGUUUCAGGUAAAAGCAGUAUCUUAUAUAGUUUUUCUUUGCGAAUCGAAUGGUGUACUCAAAACAAUUAAAGAUGUGAAAACUUUAGAAGAAAAACGCGAUUUUACUUUCCCGCCAUUAAUUUUGAAAAAAGCUUUGGAUCGGCAUGCGGACAACUGAUUACAGUAGCUGUGCACGCGAUUUUGCGGACGUCUCAUUAGACUCGCAUUUUGUGAGAAAUAACCGGAUUUCUGCUUCAAAUCAAGGGUUUCUACUAUAAACAAUUGAUUUAAAAAACAGAAAUCACACAUUGAUAAUAAAGAAAACACAAAAUAUCGCUGUCCCAAUCGAAACCUGUGUAAAAUCAUCAUUUUUUACCAGAGAAGCAUUUUUGCGAUCAAAGUUUGCAAAUUAUACAUGAAUAGAAAGCUUUUGUGACGAAAAGAACUUUGGUGACAACAGAAAAAAUUGAAAAUUGAAAGAAACGAAGAAAAAAGCGAAAAUCCGGAAGUUGGCCAAGCUUGUUGUCCGUAGAGCAACUUUACUGCAAAGCGCCCUUUUGGCGGGAACUCAAGCUUUCCUUUCUCCGACUUUGAAUUAUUUUUUCUCCAAAACUAGGAACUUCUGUACAUUUCCAAGUUCACCGUUCGAUUCGUAAUGAAAAACUCUACAAAGUACUGCUUUGAACUGAAACACCGUUUUUUACUGCCCCUAUGCCUUUAAGGGUUAUAAGACUAAAAAUAAUUUAUUUUAAUUAUCAAACUGUAUUUUCUGAUGCUCUUGCUUAGAACUUUUCAAUAAAGCCCAUGAAAAAAGUCAAAAGUCAAGCCUCCUUUUACAGACCAAGAUACUUUUGAGCCAUUACUUUUUUUCAGUCAACGAUAGUUUUCGGGACGGUGGGCUCUUUGGUGCAGAACAUUCCGUUGCUGGGUUUCCAGGCCUGGAUGGUUUUCCAUCUACAGGCCGGCGUCGAACCACAGUAUACCAUAUUGAUGUGUUCUUUCUGGAAAAACUUCUGCAGUUCCACGACUUCCAGCUAUCAAGUCUUGCCUUUCGUGGGUUUUUCCUUUUUUCCCAUGAAUUAUAGUCUUCUAAUCGACUUUUUUGAUAUAGAGGCUCAAAAUUCUGCUUUUUUCCAUAUAUUUCCAUACACACAUAAUACAAAUUCCGGAGUUCAAUCUUCGUGAUUCAAUUAUUAUUACAAUAAAAAAAGACACUCUUUCGAAAUUAUGCUUUAGUUUGGCUUUUUUUUGGAUUUUCUCAAUUUUGAAAUAAUGAUCACAUUUCUGUUUGAAUAUGAAACGAAAAAAAUAUAAAAAUUCAAAGAAACAUUCUCAAAAAGGACUUAUUUUAUAAUAAAAAAAGCUAAUUUUUUUAAAUUAUUAAAAACCUUUUCAAAAAAAUAUUUACCAGAGUUUUUUUAAAGGAGCAGAUGAUCUUUUUCAGAAAUCAAAAAAACAUUUUUUUCGCCUCGAUACCUUCAUCAAAAAAAGUUGUCUGCCUCUUCGAAUAUUUUUUUAAAAAGCCGUGACUUUUUCAAAAAAACAAAAAAAUUUAACGAAGAAAUUUAUACUUUUUAAAAAAACUUCUGCAAAGGCUAUAUUUUCCAGGCAAUCUCGCUCUACCGAUACAGAACAGUGGUCAGAAAAGAGAAACCCGGCCAAAAUUACGUUUUUUUGGGUCCACGUGAUUGUUACUCUCGUUUUGGUACAAUUUAACUUUCUAAAUUAAAAAAAUAUAAAAAGUCAUUUUUCUUCAUUUUUUUCCAGAGGAAUUUUUCCUCACACUCAUUUUCAAAAAAAAAAUUUCGAAAAAAAAAACCUGGAAAAGUAUGAAAUUUGGCUUCUAUAGUUCCAUAGUUCGUCUAAGAAAAAAUAAAACUCCAAAAAAAAUUCUGAUAACUGUUGAUUUUUUCAGAUCGGCUACAGUUUCAUGAACUUCCCGAUCGGUGUAAAUAUCAGAAAUGACGUUUGUAAAAUUCUUCGCUUCAGCAACACUAUGGAAGCUCUCAGGGUAAGGCUUUCUAUAAAAAACUUUAGUGGUCACUUAAAAGGUCCCUCAAGGGCUACUACUUGGAGAUUGGCCACUAAAAAUUUGCCAAAUGUUUGGAAAAAUGAAUUUAUUUCAAAGAAAGAUGUCUUUUUCAGAUAGUGACCACUUUAGGGAUGAACAUAGCCGCGAUCCUCGUCAACUUAUCGAUCAUGCGAUGUGUGUCAACUUUUGAGCAGAAUCAUUCAGGUUUUCAUGUACCCAAUAACUUUAGAAUCAAAAAAAAAAUCCUCAGAAUCGAUUUGGAGGUCUUCACAAAAAAACGCUGUGAAAGGUUGGUUUUUUUUCUUUCAAAUAACCCUUUUCUAAAAAUGAAACUCAAUAAACUGGUCCUCAAAAAUUUAUUUUCAGCUAACGAUUUCAAAAAAAAAAUGUUUCAAAGUACAGCGAAACGAAAAGUUGCCCUAAAAAUGGGUAAAAAUACAGAAAACCUUUAAUAAUUGAUUUUUAGUGAACCCGAACUCUCAAACAAGAGGAGUUCAAUUGGCCAGAAGUUUAUUACUUCAAUCAGUGGUUCCGGUGGCCGUUUCGCUUCCUCUUCUAAUCGGAUCUCUCGAGUUUUAUUUUGGUCAGUCUUCUCUGAAAUUUCUUUGAUAUACGGAGCGAUGUGUUAAAACCAUUUAUUUAGGUAGAAAACGAAAAAAGAAACAAGGAGAAGAAAAAUACGAAAAUAUUCGGAAUGAUAUAAAAAUUCUUCUAAGUCGAAGAAUAGUACUGAGCUUGAAGCUUUUUAAACUACAUAUAACGUUUGAUAAAAAUUUCCGAAAAGGAGUUUUUUAAAGGCAAAAUUCGUGUAAAAACGUUCAUAAUGAAACUGGUAAAGAAGAAAAAAACAGAAAAAAACAACUGAUGAGUCAAAAAAAAAGCAGCUCAAGUAUAGUAAAACUAAUUAAUUUGAGAAAUAUCAAGCGUCACAUUUUUGAUAAUCACAAAAGAAAAAAAAAGAAAAAAAAAGCGUUUUUCCACCAAAAAAUAAGGGAGAAAGUGAACGCCACGCCGCCGUCUGCUCGCCUCACUCUCAUCCCAAAAUCGCGGUUCUCGCCAAAACGAGUGAGUCGGUUGGCGUCGGUACACGCAGGAACGUAAGAAGGACUCGUUUCCAUCGUUCAGUAUCGCUUCUCGGCCUAUUGGCUAAGAUCAAAGUGAUCACCAAUCAUGCCACCAGGCAACCAGAAUCCUCAAAAGAUUCAACCACCAGGCUUACCAGAAUCCUCAAAAGAUUCAACCACCAGGCUUACCAGAAUCCUCAAAAGAUUCAACCACCAGGCUUACCAGAAUCCGCAAAAGAUUCAACCACCAGGCUUACCAGGAUACUAUCAAAGAAUCCAUUUAGAAGUAACCAGCCGACAGGCACCAAAUCUUUCUCAAAGGACAAGUGAAAAUAGUCUCAUAAGACCGUAUAACAUAAUCCAAUUAUUUUUCACAGCUUCUGAUGAAGCCAGAAAAGAAUGAAUUUCCAUACAGAUGGAAAAAAAAGGAAAAGAAAAAUCCAAUUUUCCAGAAACGGAAGCCGAGCUCUAGGCCAAUAGUAACUUUUGGGGGAACAAAAUCAAUCCUCCAGGGCACCUAUACCCUAGAGACGAACUAAGACACUAGUCAAAGACCUGUUAUACAGGGGACAGACGUAGGAGAAAUUCUACGCGCCGCGAGGCUAAGGUGGGCAACUCCGGCCAAAGGAUCGUGCAUUAACACAGCACAGACGCCUUUGGCCUUCGGAGGAAUCCAGUCAGCUUUUGCGGACCAGGAGAGUGGAGCCAAGGUGGUAGCCGAGCCGAGGGCCUGUUUGCAGUCAUAUCAGUCAAUGACGGCGGCAGGACAAAACCUGAAGCGAGGUAUUGCUACUGGAAGCGACCUAGUCCAACCUUUUUUUGGGGUUCGAUCGAGAACCAGGACUUAUGGCCUAUCACACUAUCUACUCCCUCAAGCGAGGGAGGGUGCCAGACUUCAAAAACCUGAAACCCUCUAUCGUAGCUGGCUCACCUAUCUGUUCUUAUCGUAUUAACCUACGGUAUGUGCUCGAAUGAGUACAAUAUAGGUUAACUUAUUUUUGCAACCGAGAGUGGAUCCGGAGCUUGCUCCGACCGCUCAAGGGUCGUCCCAGCGUUGCACUGCUGCAGGGCACGGCCCAGACCCCCAGGGGGGUCAAAAAGAAAUGAAACAAAAUAAAAAGGAAGCACGGCUACUUCUUGACAAUCUUGAAGUUGAUGAAGAAACAUACUUCUUGGUUGUCAAAAAGCUUCGUAAGGUGGAUGAAAUAAUAAAUUACGUACUGCUCAAAUAUGAUGUAUUCGUCAAGGGAAAAUUACUACUUAAGUACUGCUAAAAAAAUAGAUAUUUAAUAAAGUUAAUUUCACUAUGAAAAAUUACUGCUGAAGUAGUAAAGAAAAAAAACUAUGACAAUACGGUCAUAAUGAAGUUUUUGGAUGGGAUAUAGUAACCCAUCGACAGAGCGUCUUGAGACGAAUCCAAAGAUAUAUCCUAAUCCCUGAAAACUUAUAAAAAAAAUCAAGUUACAAGCUGAAGCGAGUCUGAAGGUUCUGGAAGUUGAUCUAUAUCAUUCGAAAGAUGACAUUAAGACGAUUAGAUUGAUAUAAUCAUAUAAGAAGUAGCCACACUGCGAGCCGAGAUAUAAGCUUUCGAAAUUCUGCUUAAAAAUAUACUUGCGCGUCAGAUAAAGGGUUUUGUAUGAGGUUGCGCGUCGGAUCAAGUGCUUGUCUGCGGCACAUAUCGGUGUGCUUUUCUUGCGGAAACCUCUGUUCAUUUUGAAAUUGCAUAGGAAAUAAUUAUAUCGAUCGAUUUUUCUUGUUAUCAGCUUUCUAAUAAAAGAAACCUAUAGACUAUUUCAUAACCAAAACGCGAGAAUUUAAUCAUUUUAUGUUCAGAUGUCCCGGUGCCAUCCUCGAUAGGCGACACUUGGUACGCGCUGACGUUCUUAGGGCCCUUUCUAACACCACUAUCUUCUGUUUUGAGCCUUCCCAGCACCCGUAAAGCCCUAAUUAGUACAAUCACUUGCGGUGUUUUCCAAAAACCGCCUUCGAAAAAUCCUAUCACUGUUAUGCCUGUACAUUCCCGCACGAUUACAAUAAGAGAUGAUGAAUGA